AUGUGCGGCAUCUUUUGUCUGUUGAGUGUGUCGCCCACUCAGUUUGAGUGGGACAAGACGGUUCAUGAACAUUUAAAGCGAAGAGGGCCCAACUUGAGCCAGGAUCUCACAGUAGGAGGCACAAAUCCCUGCUACCAGUGUUUAUUCUCUGCCCAUGUUCUUCACAUGAGAGGCCUUCUUACCCCACAGCCAGUUCAAGACAAGACUGGAAAUGUCUUGUUGUGGAACGGGGAGAUUUUCGGAGGCCUCCCAGUGAUGACGGAGGAGAAUGACACUGCGGUCGUCUCUCAGCGGCUAUCAUCCUGCAGCAGCCCUUCAGAGAUUCUGUCCGUCCUGUCCACUUUACGUGGACCGUGGGGGUUUGUUUACUACCAAAAGGCUGGGGACUACCUCUGGUUUGGCAGAGACUUCCUUGGUAGGCGGAGUUUGCUGUGGAAAUUUGAUGCGGAGGUCAGUGCCUUGACCCUGACUUCUGUGGCAGCCCACAGUUCUGGACCUGCGCCGUCUGCGUGGCACGAAGUCCCAGCAGCUGGUGUGUACCGGAUUGACCUGAAGGUAGUUACAGAAGCUGGCGCUGUGACCUUUGAGAUUUAUCCCUGGGCUCACGGGGGAAAUGAUCUCGUCUCCAGCUGCAAUCAAACUAUAUUGGAGUCUGUCCCCAACGGCUGUACUGCUGUGAUGAACCAGCCGGGUCUCACGCUCACCGCACCUGUGUGCCCUCUUAAUAGAGCCAUCCCCAAAUCAUUACACAAGGAAGAAAUUCAUCCAAACACACAUUCCUGUGUUAAGGAUCUGGAGCAGCUGCUCGCAAGCAAAGAGAAAAGCGAUGAGACGAAGCGUCUUAUUGAUUUUCUCAGCGAGGCAGUAAGGCGACGUGUUCAGUCUCUGCCGUUCCGGGUACAAGACAAUUCCCCCGUGUCUAAUGACCAUGCUAGUAUUGCAAUACUUUUUUCAGGAGGACUUGAUUCAAUGAUCCUGGCCGCCUUAGCAGAUCGUCAUAUACCUGCUCAUCAACCGAUAGACCUUCUCAAUGUAGCGUUCAAACUACAGGUGCCAAAGAAACAGAAAGAGUCUGCAAAGAAACUCGUAAAGCACAAAAAUAAACCCCAAGAGUCUAAAACUGAUGGAGCUGAUUCCCAAACAUCCAGCCCCUUUGAUGUUCCCGACAGAGUCACCGGGAGAGCCGGUCUCAAGGAAUUACAAGACUUGAACCCUGAUAGGAGGUGGAAUUUUGUUGAAAUCAAUGUAACGAAGGAGGAGCUGCAGGAAACCCGCCAGGAGCGCAUUUGUCAUUUGGUGCAUCCACUGGACACGGUGCUCGAUGACAGUAUUGGAUGUGCCGUGUGGUUUGCAGCACGAGGGGCGGGGUUCAUCACAGAGGACAGUGACCAGAGGCCCUUCACAUCAUCAGCAAAGGUCAUUUUGACAGGAAUUGGCGCUGACGAGCAGCUAGCAGGUUACUCCAGACACAGAGUCCGAUUUAUGAUGUCUGGAUACGAGGGACUGAUCCAGGAACUGGCCAUGGAGCUGAGCAGGAUCCCUUCCAGGAAUUUGGGCAGAGAUGACAGAGUGAUAGGGGACCAUGGGAAAGAGGCUAGAUUUCCCUACUUGGACGAGGACGUGGUGAGCUACUUGAAUUCUCUGCCCGUGUGGGAGAAGGCCGACCUGUCACUUCCUCGAGGUGUCGGGGAGAAACUCCUCCUGAGACUGGCAGCGAAGCAGCUGGGCCUCGGACAAUCUGCAGUCCUGCCCAAGAGAGCCAUGCAGUUUGGCUCCCGCAUCGCCAAGAUGGAGGACAACCGUGAGAAGGCCUCCGACAAAUGCACAAGACUCCUCACCGAGUAGACGGAUGGUUGGGUGUAAUCGAGAAUAUACAAAUAAUUUUUAAAAGAAAAUAUUCAUUAGAAAAUGACAUACAGGUAACAUGUAAAGGCCUAUUUACAGUUUACAUUCUUGAUUUAAUGUUACAGGUUCUUGAAUUAGAUUGUGUGAUCUUGGAUAAUUUUUAACAUGGCAUAAUAAAUCUGCUGUUUGUCCA